UCGCAGCCAAGCAAAGCCGUCUACUCGUCCACAACAACAUCCACACCAUCACCACCAUGCCCGACACCCUCCCCCUGCACUACUUCUACUUCUUUUGGCUCCUCGAGCCGGGCCUCUCGGUCGCCGGCGCGUUCUACGCCGUCCUCUGGCCGGAGGACUACGCCGCCGACCUGCUCCCCAGCACGACGGAGCGCAUCACCAACAUUGUUGGGCGCACGGUGCGCGGGCAGAUGGUGGUGGGGCAGCUCGGCUCUCUCUUCCUCCUCCUCGCCAUGAUCUCCUUCUCGCUCUUCCCGCUCUUCAAGUGGCAGCUUGGGUCGCAGCCCGCCAUCCAGGAGAAGCUGGUGCGCGGGCUACUUGUGCCGCUCAUCAUCCUCACGCUCCUUCCCCUCCCCAACGAGCUGCGCUGGGCGCCCGCGCAGUGGACGCAGCUGAUCCACGGCAACGUCGACGUGACGGUGCUUCUUAUCAUCUGGCGCACCGCGUGGUUCCUCGGAAUCGGCCGAUACGUGCCCGGCGCUGAGAAGGCCGAGGCUGAGUCUGCUGAGCAGGCGGAGGCUGAGAAGGCCGCCGCAGCUACCCCCGUCAAGCGUGGACGGGGACGCCCGCGCAAGGUGACGGCGGAGAAGGACGAGUAAGGCCCGCGGAGUAGGUAAGCCACGCCGGUCUGAGCGAGUCCCUCCGCCACCUGGCGUUCAGUGCGCUGGGGCAUGUCAACCCUCGGUGUGCCCCAUCUGGCGCGCUGCACCCAUAUCCCUCUCCAUACACUCCUUGCUUCAGCAGCCAUUAGACAUGCAGUAAAUGUUAGCUCGA